AUGCCGCAUACAGGAGUCUUCUUCAUCCCCUCUAGCCCCAAUGCCCCCCACAUCCUAGGUCCCCUCACAGAGCGCCUGCGUUCUGUCUACGGCGACGAAGCAAUUCCCAUCGGACGCUGGGGGCUAGAACACAAACUAAUGCGCGACACACCGUCCUGUCUUCCCGCAUCUGCGCACGCACCAAACCCAGCACCGCAGGCACGCUAUGUGCAGUUUCUGUCAAUGACGAAUCAUCCAAGGCUAGGGUUUGUGUAUGCCUCCGAAGAUGACGAGAGUCAACAGCCAGCAACGACGACAGGAGUAGGGAAAGGAAAGACGGAGUCAGGGAUGAUCAUGUCCACAGUCCCAAUCGCGUCUUCGUCGGAAAUAUUUCGCCAUUUUGUGCGUUGUUGUGAACCUAUCUGGUGUCAUCGGCAUACUGUCACGGUUACUGGCACGGUGUAUGAUGUCGGCGAUUUCAGAGUAAGAUUGGGAGAAGUGCGCCAGACGCAGCCGCAGGCGAGACCCAGAGGCACGAUUCUGGAGGUUGAGUGGAGGGGCCCGUCGAUGGUUGCGGCUGCUUUGGCGCCUGUAUCAUCUACAUCGCUAGGCCUCGAGGAGAGAAAUGGGGAUGCGUUGGCGAUGGAUGUAGAUGCGGAAAUGAAUUCGGCUAUGGAAACGCCGUAUAUUCCUUCGGAGGCUGAGAUACAGCUUGAGUACGAGCAGAUAUCAAAUUUGAUUCGGGAAUUUUGGACGAGGAUAUACAGUUCCAGUGCGGCCGAAAAUAAUCAGAAUAAACAGCUACCGGCGACAACGCGAGAAGCAAUACUCGUUCCAGACGUGGGACAUGAAAUUAAACAGAGAAUAGCGCAGCGCCGACAACCGGCUUGGCAGGAACGGGAGAAUAGAAGACGGAGAAAGAGGCGGGAGGCGAUUGCGUUAGACAGAAGUUGGGGKGGGKUCUCGGAGAAGCAGCAGCAGCAGCAGCAAGAUGACGAGGAGGAAGAUGUGGAGGCUGGUGUGGAUUUGGCGAGGCAGUACAUGGAGUUGUUCCGGUUUAAUCGUUAG